GCGGCGGGCGGACCGCCCCGCCUCCGCCGGGCCCCCGCUGCCAUGGCAACGCCGCGCCGCUGAGCUUGGGGCCGAGCGGCCGCGGCUCCUCCGGACAGCGGCAGCGGCACAGACUUGGACUCAGAUGCCUGCAGCCCUGCUGCUUCAGGAGAAGCUGUCCGCCCCAGAGAGCUGCUCGCAACUGGGGGUAAGGCUGCUCCUACACCCACGACCCAUCUGGACCACAUCCUGUGAACGAGCACAGCACAGUCAAUCCCAAAGGCCUCACCAGUGCUCUAACACUGGUGCAAAAAAUAAACAGGAGACAACAGGCCUCAUUAAUAAACAAAGGAAUGAAGAUGACUUCGGCCAAGAAACUGCCAUCAAAUCCGAACACUGAGCAAAACCAGUCUCCUCACCUGCCUCUCUGCGCAGAUCCUGGCAAUCCAGUGUUUUCCUGUAUGCUGGACCCCAAAACACUCAUGAUCAAUGGUUCUUUGACAAAGCCUCAGGUUUUACUGUUUAAAACAACAUCAAGCGAAUACGGUGCUAUACCACCUGUCUCACAGAUGGUACCCUGUACUUAUCAUCCAGUGGAUCAAACCUUUUCAAAUCACUUACUCACUUGUGGGUCAUUUCAAGAUAGUUCUUUAAACACUACCAUUGACAGAAGUAGAGUAUAUGACUACCCCAAUUUACAGCAUACUCUGUAAAAAUGCAUCUCCAUCUUUUUGUCAUAAACUUAGACUAGACACUUAGCUUUAAGAAAACAAAUCUGACUUAUUUCAGUCAUUCUGGGAAUAACUGUCAAUAUCUGAUUUUGGUUUUGCUAGGUUGAAUAAGAUCUAUCAAAAAGGAUGUGACCUAUUUGAUGAUACACUUCUCUCAACCCCAUAAAAAUAAAACUUUUGA